AUGUGUAAUAGAUUGGCCUCGAUAAACCCUAGCUUUUUAUGUAAAGGGUUAAGCCAAUCGACCUUGAUUCAAUGGUCAUUUUGUAAAAGAUUGAUCUAUUUUCAUGGUAAAAGUGGAAGAUCUCAUGGUAAUACUUCUGGGGUUUCUUCUUUUACUGAUCUUGAUACAAGUUAUUACUAUGAGAAGCUUUCUUCUUUGAAGGAGAAACCAAAACAGGGGAGGUUGGUAAAGGGUGGAUAUGAGUUUAGGGGUUUAGGACCCAAGAGGAAGAAACAGUUUUUAAGUAAUGUGAGUGAUGAUAGUGUUGAUGAUGUUGAAGUUAUGCUUAGUUUAUUGACAGAUGAAGUGGGUUUGGAGGAUAUUGGUGUUUGUGAUGGUAAGAAAAAGAAAAAUGUAGUUUCCGGGGUUGCGAAAAGGGAUUUGAAGUGUGAUGAAGUAGUAAAAGUUAGGUCUAUGGAGGAGGAUGAUUGGAGGCAGAGGAAGGAAAGAAGGAAGACAAAGAUGCAAAAUUUACCGAAAACUGCAAAUCUUGAUUCGAGUAAAGAAAGGUCGAACUGUUCUAUAGAGAGUGGCAAAGAUUUUGAGGUCAAAAGUGAAGGUUGUAUUGAUGAAGUUGUUGGAAAUGCUGAUGGGGGACAUGAAUGUGAUAAGGAAGAAGUGAAAAUAUUGGAGAAGAAGGAUACUGUUAAAGGGUAUUAUGGAGAAUCGGUUGGUGUAAGCCAAGAUUGGAGAAAGAAAUCAGAAAAGAAGCUGAAUGAAGAGUUUAGCCAACACCAAUUGAAUGUUUCUGAGAAUAUUGAGGAUUCAUCUAGGCAAGAACAUAGUUAUGAGGCUGAUAGAUUUACUGAUGAAUCAGGAUCAAGAAUGAAGUAUAAAAGAUUUGAAGAAUCAUCGGGAAAAGAUUACAGUGUCAUCGAAUCAACUUCCAGCUCCCAGAAGCAAUAUAACGGCGCAGAAAAGAAGUUAAAAGUGAUUUCAGAAGUGUCGAAAAGUAGAAUGAAUAGCUGGGAAGAGAAUUCAACACAAGUUAGUGAUGGGGUUGAAGACAGCAGAGAAGAAAAACACCAGAAAACUGAUCAUUUGGUCAGGCUAACAACAGAAUUCAGAGAGAAAUCGCAACAAAUGUUAGGGAUCUCAGAUACCCAUGUCACAAAUAGUGGAAACACUUCAUUUUCACAUAGAAAAUCUGACGUUAGUAUGGAGAAACAAAAACGGCAUUCAGAGACUUCAGAAUUCAAAGUUUCAGAUAAUUGUUCGAUUUCAGGGAUGAAAUUGGUGGAAGGAACCACAGAUGAGGGAGUUUCAGAAACAGAAUUAAGAAAAUCUAAUGAAGCUAAAUUAGUUAACGAAGAGGGUGAGCAAGAUAAACUAAAGACUUCAGAUGAUGGUUCAGAAAGCUUUCAUCAAAAGGAAAAUGGCGCAAGACACUCGUCUCAAGGGUCUGGACCAAAAGGGCCGUCUGAUGAGAUGUGGCACGUAACUGAUGCAUCUACUCAAGAGCCCUCAGAGACAGAUGCACCAGAAAACACUUCCUGUUCUAGUGAAAAUGAUGGAGCCAUCAAGACUAGUGGCAGGUCAUUGUGGACCAUUAUUGGGGAUGUGGUUCGAUCACGUUGGCCAUCUCCACGUUCUGGAAGUCGUACUCCAAACUCUGGUGGUGCAAAGGGUUCCUCAUAUCUGUCUGCUAGUAGUGAAGCAUGGUUUUCUGGUCAGGAACCAGAUGAUUCUAUUGAUGACAAUGUGAAAAACAGAAGUACAAAAGGUCAAUCACGAAAUUCAGGAGGGUUAGAUUCACCAUUACCAUCAUCAAACAAUGAUGGAUCAUCCAGAAACACUUCUUUACCCAUAAUUGAAGAAUCAUCUUUUCCAUUAUCUGCAAUUCGAAUGAGAAGAUCUCCAUCUCCUGCAAUCAGGAAAACUUCACAGGCUGGUGAAACCGAUACAUCUAUUGAAGAGUUGAAAAGAAGGAAACUUGUAUCUAUAGAUCGACUCGGAUGGGAAGAGGCGUAUACCCUUGAAGUUAAGCAACGAAAAAACGAUGAGAAGUUUAUGAGGGAAGCAUUGUUGGAAGCUAAAAAAGCUUCUGAUAUCUGGGAGGUACCUGUUGGAGCUGUUCUUGUGCAGGGUGAUAAAAUCAUAGCUCGCGGACAUAAUCUGGUAGAAGAAUUACAUGACUCAACUGCUCAUGCUGAGAUGAUUUGUAUACCUGAGGCCUCAACCAACCUACGCUCGUGGAGACUUUUGGAUACAACUCUUUAUGUAACGCUUGAACCAUGCCCGAUGUGUGCCGGAGCCAUCCUUCAAGCCAGAAUUGGUACGAUCGUAUGGGGAGCUCCGAAUAAACUUCUAGGAGCUGAUGGUAGCUGGAUUAGACUAUUUGGUGAUGGGGAUGGUGGAAAUGGGUCAAUGCCGACAGAUAAGCCGCCUGUUCCUGCGCAUCCGUUCCACCCAAACAUGGCGGUAAGAAGAGGGGUAUUGGCGGCAGAGUGCGGCGAAGUCAUGCAGCACUUUUUCCGGCUAAGGAGAAAGAAGAAAACAGAACCAGAACCAGAACCACCAGCUCCACCUUCAUCUCAUCAUCAUCAUUCAAACUUCUUAUCUAAAAUGCAUCAUGCCUUCAAUAUCAUCUUCUGUUUAUAGAUUGAAUCUUGUUCUUAAAUUUUGCACUUAUUCGCAUUGGCCUACAUUUCAGUUUUUUCUAUAUGAAUUAUUGCCUAAAAGUACUUUGAACAUUUGGCCCGCAACUUCAAUUGCAGAUGUGGACAGAAUUCGAGAUCUCAACCCUCAGAUUGGCUUUUCCUGUCAUGUGACCAUGACAUUGUAUCAAAGUGUAUUUUAGGUAGUUGGUUAACAUCUCG